AUGUUCGCCGCGUGGCCAUCCCGUUCCCGGUCUGGAAACCGGGCCUCUCGGUGCCGCUGGGCACAGCCAGGCUCCCGGGGUGUCCGGGCGCCGCCGGCACAGCCCCGAGCGCGGACCAGCGCCUCCCGUUACCUCUUGCGUUCGCGGGGACCCUCCGCGUCCCGGCGGGAGGGGAGCGGCUCGGCGGCCCCCCGCGCUGUGUCCCGGCCGGCCGGUCCAGGGGCGGAGGGACCCCCGCGGCACCGCGCGGCCGCCGCCUUGGCCGCGGUGCCGGAGCCGGGGCGGGGCGGGGCGGCCGCGGCGCGCGCCAGCCACAUUCCCUGGGAUGCCGCGGAGCGCUGGACGCGGCGCGGCCCGGGAACGCGCGACGUCACGCCGCGGCGCACGCGGCGGCCCGCGCCCCAUAUAAGGCGGGCGGGCCCGGAGCCGACCGCGCCGGCCGCGCUCUCCGCUCCGCGCUCACGACGGUCCCGCUGCUCCGGCGCUGACACUGGCUACGCGGGCACCCGCCCCCUCUGGCGGCCGCUCUCCUCUGCCUGGCCCCUGGUAAGUGCCGCGGCUCUUCCCGCGGCCGGGGAGGGGGGGCGGGUCGGGUGUCCCCGCUGCGCUGCCGGCGCUCACCGUGCGCUCCGCUCCGCUCCGCAGGCUCUGGGCUCGCCCUGCCCCGCCGUGUGCCAGUGCCCGGCGGCCGCGCCGCAGUGCGCCCCCGGCGGUGGGGCUUGCCCGGACGGCUGCGGCUGCUGCAAGGUCUGCGCCAAGCAGCUGAACGAGGACUGCAGCCGAUCGCAGCCCUGCGACCACACCAAGGGGCUGGAGUGCAACUUCGGGGCCAGCCCCGCCGCCCUGAAGGGCAUCUGCAGAGCACAGUCCGAGGGAAGACCGUGUGAAUAUAACUCCAAAAUCUACCAGAAUGGGGAGAGCUUCCAGCCGAACUGUAAACACCAGUGUACGUGCAUAGAUGGAGCUGUGGGCUGCAUCCCGCUCUGCCCGCAGGAGCUCUCUCUUCCCAACCUGGGCUGCCCCAGCCCCAGGCUGGUCAAAGUGCCCGGGCAGUGCUGCGAGGAGUGGGUCUGUGACGAAAGCAAGGAUGCGCUGGAAGAGCUGGAAGGCUUCUUCAGCAAAGAGUUUGGUCCGGAUGAUUCCGAAGGCGAACUAACCAGGAACAACGAGCUAAUUGCCAUUGUGAAGGGAGGCCUGAAAAUGUUACCUGUUUUUGGAUCCGAGCCACAAAGCCGAGCUUUUGAGAAUCCCAAAUGCAUUGUGCAAACAACUUCUUGGUCCCAAUGCUCAAAGACAUGUGGAACUGGCAUCUCCACAAGGGUGACCAAUGACAAUGCUGACUGCAAGCUCAUCAAAGAGACCAGGAUAUGUGAAGUGAGGCCAUGUGGCCAGCCUAGCUAUGCCUCCCUAAAGAAGGGAAAAAAAUGUACCAAGACUAGGAAGUCCCCAUCCCCAGUGAAGUUUACUUACGCCGGAUGUUCCAGUGUGAAGAAGUACCGCCCCAAGUACUGUGGCUCCUGUGUGGAUGGCAGGUGCUGUACACCCCAGCAGACCAGGACUGUCAAGGUCAGGUUCCGCUGCGAUGAUGGGGAAACCUUCACCAAGAGUGUCAUGAUGAUCCAGUCCUGCCGAUGCAACUACAACUGUCCACAUGCAAAUGAGGCUUAUCCCUUCUACAGACUAGUCAAUGACAUCCAUAAAUUUAGGGACUAAGUUGUGUUGGGGGUGGGAUGCAAAACAGAAUUUUGAAGUAACCAGCCAUGGGAGAAAGGACCUCUGAUGGAAAUGGUGCCUUGCCCAUUUGAGGGCAACAUUGAGAUGUUACAGGAGUGCACUGUGCAACUGGACACUAAUGCAACAGAGAUUUAAGCAUACUUAAAGCUUCAUAGUACUGGAGCAAUUUUACUGCUUCUUUUUGGAGCACCUUAUCUAAUUAUAUACUGUUUUCUGUUUGUAAGUGAUCAGAUAAAUGUUUCGUUCCGGUUAUGAAAACUUUACUAUUCUGUUCAAUUUAACACUAUGCUUCUCUCCAUCCCUCCAAUCUUCUCCCAUCCUUUCCCAACCAAGUUGGAAGUUACAUUCCUUCCUGAGGUGGGCACUUGUGGGGUGUUCACAAUGGCAGCUAUUAUGUACCAACUGUAGUUUAAUGGCAAACAGAAAUCAGUUGUUUUAAAGCUGAGUAUUUUAUUUAUCAACCUGUAGCUUUUGUUUUGUUUUUCUUUUUUUCUUUUUUUUUUUUUUUUUACCCCUUCCAGCCCCUGUAAUACUGGAAUAAGUUGUAAAUGAUUUUAAUUUUAUAUUCGAUGAAUUAAAAGAAUUUAUUUAUGGAAUUAAUCAUUUAAUAAAGAAAUAU